UCUAAGGCCUGAGCACACCCCAGUGCCCUUGCAUCCUGGAGGCUGAACAAGAGGUUCAGGGGCCAGGUUUUUUUGGGGGGGGCUGUGCAUGCAGGCAAAAGGUGAAGGAGGAGGCUUUGCUGCCCUCCCUGACCAGCCCCUGUUGCUGUAGCUGUGAACCCAGGACAGAUCUCGACAUGGCGUGUCCCCUGGAUCAGGCCAUCGGCCUUCUGGUAGCCAUCUUCCACAAGUAUUCUGGCAAAGAGGGCGACAAGAACACACUGAGCAAGAAGGAGCUGAAGGAGCUGAUCCAGAAGGAGUUGACCAUCGGGGCGAAACUGCAGGAUGCUGAGAUCACCAAACUAAUGGACGACCUGGACCGAAACAAGGACCAGGUGGUCAACUUCCAGGAGUACGUCACGUUCCUGGGCGCCCUGGCCAUGAUCUACAACGAUGUGCUCAAGGGCUGAAUGUGCUGGGAAGGUGGGUUGGGCAGGGCUGGGCCGGAUGGUUGUACAAUAAACCUCUUGUGUGUCAGAUC